AUCGUCAACAGAUGCGUCGAGUUCACAGUGUAUAUCUGAUCUCAGGCAACGUCUUCUCAAAGCAGCCAUUUCAAAGCAACCACACAUCCUUUCCACUGUUGAUAAUCAACAAAUUAAGGAUCUGAUAUUACAAGUAGUAGCCGGUGAUGAACCAUCAAUGCUCAAUUUUGAUCAAAUCCAGGCGAUUAAUGAAUGGUUGGAACAGUUGGAUGAUAAUCACACCGAUCGAAAAAGUUCAUAUAUCACAAGGUUCAAUCAUCUAUUGGAAAUACCAAAGUUGGAGCGAUGGUUUCGUACCGAUCCCAAUCCAUCCCGGCAGAAAUUGAUUAAUUAUAUGAACGUACUUAAUGGUUCCAGUUAUCGGCGGCAUAAUGUUAAAGUAACAUAUCAUCAAAUCUGUAACUGGUUUGCUAAUCAACGAGCUGCUAAUAGGAAAUCACCACAGUCAAAUCAUACAACUGUUGCACAUUGUCCACCAUCAGUGGCUCAAUCAUCCAUUUUACUUCCACCCCAGUCACGUUCUAGUCCAUCCGGUGAAUUCCGUCCAAAAUUUGAUUUUAAUAGUUUGCUAGAUAGCAAGCAAGCUAAUGGAAGUAGUAGUGAACGUAUCGAAGGAGGUUCAGAAUCGCCGACACCGAAUGAUGAUAUCAGUGUGCAUAGUGCUAGCGAUUGUGGUUUUGAUCAGGUUUCUGCAUUGAAACAGGAUUCUGCAACCUCAUCACCGGAAAUAUCAUUUGAUUUAAAUGGUGGUCAUGCAUCAAUAUCACCGAAACCAACCGGUGGUGAAACUAUUGGUCAUCAACAGGCGACAGGUAUUGGUAAUGGAAAUGGUAACAGUGCAACAGGACAACCACAACAAGCACAAACACCAUCUAAUACAGUUGCUCGAUCAAGGUUAAUGUUCGACCCACUCACGGAAUUGCCAGUUCUAGAAAAAUGGUUUGAAGAAAAUCCACAUCCUACUUGGCUUCAGAUUGACCACUAUACAGAAGCGCUGAACAGUUGUCAGUAUAGACAAAGUUAUCCACCAAUCUCGACGCACAAUGUUAAAAUUUGGUUUAAAAAUCGACGAGCCAAAUGUAAGCGUAUGCAGACUGGUGAUUUGAAUUUGAAGAUGAUGAUUUGA